AUGGCUCAGCCACAGGGGGCCCCGCGCCCCUCUGGGGAAGAAGAUUUGAAGCAGCGGCUGCAGCGCCUAGAGAAGGAGAGGAUAGCGCUGAACAACACUAUAGAAGAGCUGCGGCAGGACUCCAGCGACCACCAGCUUGUGCUGGACGCGUUCAAAGACCUGGAACCCUCAAGACGCUGCUAUCGGCUGGUCGGGGGGGUUUUGGUUGAGAGGAGUGUGGGGGAAGUGCAGCCGGCCUUGGAGCAGCACAAGGCCAAGGUGGCUGAGGCCAUGAAGAACCUGGAGGCGCAGCUAGCCAACGUGCAGUCGCAGCUAGCUGCAGCUAGCCAAGAAUAUAUAAAGAGAACUGGGUCAGCAGAUGUUCCCUACAUGCAGCAGCAGCAGCAAGCAGCAGCAGCAAAGGAAGAUGCAAAGUCAAAGUCUGCGGGGGGCAUUCUUGUCUGA